AUGGCUCCUAAAAAGAAGGUCGAUGAACCCAAAAAAAUCAUCCUUGGUAGACCAAGUAAUAACUUGAAGAUCGGUAUCGUGGGUGUACCAAAUGUCGGCAAAUCAUCAUUCUUCAACACACUUUCUCAAACAGAUCUGGGUAAAGCAGCAAAUUUCCCUUAUGCCACAAUUGAUCCAGAGGAAGCUCGUAUUCCUGUUCCCGAUGAACGAUUCGAUUGGCUUUGCUCAGUGUAUAAACCAACCAACAAGAUACCUGCUUUCUUGACCUGUAUCGAUAUCGCCGGUUUGACUGCCGGUGCAUCAACAGGUGCAGGAUUAGGAAACGCGUUCUUAUCUCAUGUUAGAUCAGUCGAUGGUAUUUUCCAAGUCGUCAGAGCUUUUGAUGAUGCAGAAGUAAUUCACGUCGAAGGUGACGUUGAUCCUUGUAGAGAUAUGAAAAUCAUCUCAACUGAAUUGAGAUUGAAAGACAUUGAAUGGACCGAGAAAGCUCUGGAAGUAUGUAAGAAGAAUACAAGAAAUGCAGGUGGUGUCAGUUUAGCCGAUAAAGCUAAGAAAGAAGAACAAGCUACAGUUGAGAAAAUCUUAAGUCUCCUCAGAGAUGACAACAAGGACGUACGAAAAGGUAACUGGUCCAACAAAGAGGUUGAAGUCAUCAAUGGUCUUAACCUUCUUACAGCUAAACCCAUCACUUAUCUCGUCAAUCUUUCCGAAAGAGAUUUCAUUCGAAAGAAGAACAAGUGGUUACCUAAAAUCAAAGCUUGGAUAGAUGAGAACAAUGCAGGAGAUUCUCUCAUUCCAUUCUCAGUAGCUUUGGAAGAGAGAUUAGUUCGAAUGACAGAUGAUGAGAAAGUAGCCGAAGCUGAAUCUUUGGGUUUGGGUAAAAACGCCAGUGCUUUGGGUAAAAUCACGACCAUUGGUUACGCAACUUUAGAUUUGAUCCGAUAUUUCACAUGUGGACCUGUCGAAGUUCGAGCUUGGACUAUCCGAAAGGGUACCAAAGCUCCUCAAGCAGCUGGUGUCAUUCACUCUGAUUUUGAAAACAAGUUUAUCUGUGGUGAGAUCAUGUCCUACGAAGAUCUUAAAGAGUACGGUACAGAAGCCGCUGUCAAAGCUGCUGGAAAGCUUAGACAACAGGGUAAACCUUAUGAACUUGUAGACGGUGAUAUCUGUUACUGGAAAUCCGGUCAAUAG